AAAGUUUUAUAAGUUUCUGCUUUCAAGUUUCAGUAGCGAAAACAAUGGCGGGUCUCAUAAAGGUGGCAUGCAUGGUGGUGCUGUGUGUGGCCCUGGUGGCCACACCCAUUGCCGAAGCCAUCACUUGCGGCCAGGUCACCACCAGCCUCGCACCAUGCCUCUCUUACCUCCAGAGCGGUGGCGCUCCGGCACCCGCCUGCUGCAAUGGAGUCAGGAGUCUCCUCAGCGCGGCUCAGACCACCGUCGACAAACAGACCGUCUGCAACUGCCUCAAGGGCGCCGCCGGCCAGCUCCCCGGACUCAACCCUCAGAAUGCUCAGAACCUUCCUGCGCAAUGCAAGGUCAACAUCCCCUACAAGAUCAGCACCUCCACCAACUGUGCCAACAUCAGGUUCUGAAGAUGAUGAGAAGGCAAUGGCGUUGAAGAAUAAAGGAAGGACCACGUUGCUAUAUUAUGGGAGUCUACUUUUGAAGUGUGUCCCCAUGAUUUUAUGUCUCAAUACAUGUUAGUUUUAAUUAAGUGUACUUUGUGUCAGUUGAUUAGUAUGUGUAUCGGUAUCGCUGUGUCAUGUAUUAUUCACAAAUCUUCAAUUCCAUGGU